GGUAAAGUUGUGUUCGUCGCGCCCCUGUGCCUCGUAAUUUCACGUUUUAUGUACAAUGCACAUGCAAAAUCGGUGCAGCCUGAACCAUCUAUUCGCAUAGGUAUAAUUGGUGGUGGUAUUGGUGGUUCUUCUUGUUCCUACUUUUUACAUGAAUUAUUUGGAGCCAAGGCAUCGAUAGAUGUAUACGAACCCAGUGACAUUGGUGGAAGAAUUGCUACAGUGGACAUUGGUGGACAUACUUAUGAAUCUGGUGCUUCAAUUAUCCAUCCAGGAAAUAUGUACAUGAAGAAGUUUACAAAGGAGUUUGGUUUGAAACACAAGGACAAAAUACCUGGUCAAAAGAUGGGAUUUUAUGAUGGUGAGAAGUUUGUGUUUUUGGAAAGUGACUGGGUUAUUGCAACGUAUGCAAAAAUGCUGUGGCAUUAUGGCUGGGAUCUUAUCAAAUUCCGCAGGGAAAUUGGAGUUUUUGUUGAAAAAUUCAGCAGAAUAUAUGAUUCACAAAAGAAAGGUGUGGCAUACAGUUCUGUUGAAGGCAUCAUGAAUACCAUUGGUGGCAAUGAGGUUGUGGAUUACACCAAGGUACCAUUUUUAAAGGCUCUCAAAGAUCGUGGCUACAAGGAUGUAAUCAUAGAUGAAAUGAUGGCAAUAGCUACGCGAGUCAACUAUGGUCAGUCUGUCAACAUGUCAGCUUUUGCCGGUUUUGUAUCUGUAGCUGGAAUUCAAGGUGGAUUGUUUUCUGUGCAUGGGGGAAACAACCAGGUCUGUUCCCAGCUUUUGCAGAAGUCUCGUGCGAAUAUAAUUAAAUCGACCAUCAAAGGUGUGAAGCUAGACACUGAAAGCGCUACUCCUGGCUACUACCUGACUAUUGCUGCUAAUGAGAAUAGUAAUUCCACAUUCCACACUAGUGAAAGAUAUGAUAUCAUUGUCAUUGCUACCCCGUUACAUGAAGGCAAAUCUAAUAUAUCUUUUGAGGGCUUUCCAAAAAAGAUAACAAACUUUCCAGGACGAUUUCAUCGUACUGUUGCCACAUUUGUUGAUGGUGAGCUUAACACUGCAUCAUUUGGGUUUAAAAACAUGAGUGGUUGCCCGAAUCAAAUCCUCACUACAAAAGAUAAUCAAUUCAAAAUUAACAGCAUUGCACACAAUCUGCCUAUUGACUGUAAGGUUGGAAACAAGGAGUCCCAGAAGCCAGUCUGGAAGGUCUUCUCCAAAGAACCACUGUCUGAAAAGCAGCUUUAUGCUCUUUUUGCUUCAAGAAAGGAGAUGAAAGUAGUUGAUUGGUUGGCAUAUCCUCACUAUGACCCACAAAACUCUUUGCCCAAGUUUGAAUUACAUGAUCAGUUGUACUACAUUAAUGGUAUAGAGUGGGCAGCUAGUGCAAUUGAGAUGCUUAUAGUAGGAAGCAGGAAUACAGCGCUGUUAGCUUAUAAUAAAUACAAUGGAUUGAAUGACAUGAUUGAUGUUGAUUUUAAUCAGAAAACUGAACUAUAA